UUUGUUUUCGGCUGCUUCUCUCUACACACUGCUAUCCCCCAGAAACCUCUAUCCAGCGCCUCUAAGGGUCAUUCAUAUAUUGGCGAUUAAACUAAGCCUACGACUGCCGUGGAGUGAUCUGCGUGGAUGAAGAUUAAUGCGGGGGAAAGUCCGUGGUAUAGUUGCUAUAUGUACCAUGCAGGCUAUAUGUACCAUGCAGCUAUGACUAUCGCCCUUCCAGUCGAAUGGGAUAUCUCUUACCACAAGCUGCUAAACGAAUAAGCUGAGUUUGAACCAGGUCUACAGCCCGCCAAGCCCACCAUUCGGCGCUGUUAUGGGGAUGAACGUCACACAGCCUGAUAAUUCUGGUUGUUAGUAAAGGUUCAAGCUACCCAAGUCACGAUGUCGACAAUACCACAUCACCUGACAGGCGUCACUCUAAUAGAUGAUGGCCAGACGCCAACUCACAGUGAUCUUCGUCUGCGACCCUUGAAUGUCGAGAAAGGGAGCGAACGAUUUCGGGGGUCAGACGGAUUUUUUCCACCCCUGGCUGCGACAUGGAGAUGCAAUCUUACUGCUUUGUCCCAAAGACGCAACCUGCUUUUUGUUGCCUAUAAUCACCAGAUAUACGUAUGGGAGCCCGUAGGGCCACGUCAGAUUCUCGGAACAAAACCGACCAUCAUUAUUACACCUGUAAUGAAAGAACCUAAUGCAGGAGGAUAUAUUUCUCGGGAAUUCCCCCACGCAAUAAACAACAUUAUUGUGGACGACUUGGGCCGUGAUGAGAUCCUUCUUCUUGCUACUGACUCGGGAAACAUUUGCGGAUACCAUGUUGAGACAAUAUUUUCCCACAUGGAGCAUUCUAGAUUAUAUGGGGAGAAGAGUAUCGACUUAAAUCAACAUAUUGACCCUUUCUUCUGUGAGAAUGUGGGCUCGAGUGCUUGGGGGCUGGCCGUUCAUAAAUACGCCCGUUUGAUAGCUGUCAGUGCAAAUUCAGGUCGUAUCACAGUUUUUGCAUUUGCUCUCGCCGAACCUGGUUCUGAAAAAAAUGAAAACUCAGAUUUCCCACAGGGAUUGAUUGAUGGUUUACAAAUUUACGGACAAACCUGGCUAAAUGUUGAAAACGAGGAGCAGUUUGAACAUUUUCAAAAGCUGAUUCCUAAUCGCUAUCGGUCACGUAAUGUUAGAUUAUCAUAUAGGGGGCACUACACAAACAUUCCCUGUGUGACAUUUUUCAAUAGUGAUCUCGACUCUGAUGGAAUCUGGAUGCUGAGUACAGACAUUGAUAAUAGACUGUUUGUCUGGACGAUCUGGGACCAACUUACACCGUUCAAAUACUAUGACUUUAGCCAUGGCGAGCCUUUACCUGACAUAUUACGCAGAGAGGAGCGGGGAUGGAGUGUUCUAGCUCUCGAUCCACGAAGUUUUCGAAUCUGUGAGCUGUAUGCCCAGGCUUGUGGCGGUAAGCCAUAUCUUCGACCUCACCAAUGCCAGCCAGUGUUGGACGUUACACACAUCACUCAGGAUGUCCCUGAUUCUGCGAUCUUGUAUGAAGCUUUCCCGCCGGCUAUAAGAAUAGAUGCAGAUGAGCCUUCAUUGCCCGAUAUUUUUGACAAUGAAAGCUUCAUUAGUGAUAACAGUAAUCAUUACUUGCCAUCUCACGGCCAUGCUCGACCAAUAAACUUGUCUCCUAGCACUGACAAAGAACUGUCUGCGCCUGAUCAAGACAUUGACAACAGCAUUGAUUUGGACCCAAGUCAACGAGAGACAAACAUAACGAACAUAUUCCUUCCAUAUGAGGAUCGAUAUCAGUUUUUUUGGGAAGAAGAUAUGUCCGAUGACGAUGGUGACGAUGGUGACGAUGGCGACGAUAGUGACGAAAAUGAGCAUGGGGAGGACGAGGACGAAGGCGAUUAUGAGACCGAGGACGAGAGUGACGAUUCAUCGCAAGAUAUACACAACUUUGCAGACACCCAAGAUCUCAUUUUCUAUAUGAUGACUUCCACGAUGGAAAACGAGGGUGCGAGUGAUGAAAGCAGUGAACCGGGACGAUUCAAAGAUCGAACAUGUACUGAUUUUCCGAUUCUUCAUUUCUCUGCAACAGAUAUUCGUCUUCUGGACAGUCCAUUUUCGAAACAUCCCACUGUUGUGUGCGGAGGACCACUUCGGCAAGGUUUCGCGCGCUCCAUUUACUCAAUACAUAGCUAUGACAGAUUCAACAUGGUCAAAUACUUACCGGAACACGGUAUCGUGAUUGCGGCGACACAAAAAGGCCGCGCAGCAGUAAUAUCACUGGCAAGGGUGUCCAAUGGUGGGUUAGCGCUCCGGAUUAAUUGGAUGCUUCCUUUGGCCAGUCAAGAGAAAUACGGUGAACGGCCUCUUAGGCCACUUCUUGGGCUAGCCGUUGGCCCUAUCCAAGGAUUUGAAAUGAAACAAGAUGUUCCUGACAUACCUUAUAAGGCUCGCGACUGUAACGACUUUUCUUUUCAUUAUCGGGUUCAGGGCGCAGGUGAAGCUGAUUUGUAUGAGACCGUAUCAACCUGUGGGAGUUCCAGUGCGGAAGGGUCAAUUGACGAAGAAGACGCGGCAGAUAUGUCUGAUAACUCCUCAGCCACACACUCCUCAGCAUUAGUAAGUGCACCUGAUCUUACAUAUGCCAAAAGCCAUGGGAUAGCCAACUGGCUUUAUGAGCCCCAAGAAUCGUGGAAAGGCUGGAAUUCAUCUCGUCGCUAUCGCCUGCUACUCACAUACGCAGACCAUACAGUUUUGAGCUAUGAGUUCUGGUAUGAAUGGUCUGAUACUAUUUCGAGUGCCGAUGGGAGGGAUAAGGGCGACGAAGGUGAAAAUUUCCUUUUGCUCUAGUCAUAGCUAGGAGUUUCUUGCCUUUUUACCUUGGAGGCUACACACUUCGAGAGGAUAUUAAUGGAAAUGAGAGAUGAGAUCCGAAAUUCUGUAUUUUUUUGUCUCUAUAAUGAUGCGAAUCUUAUUCAGAGGAGCAUUUCCUUGUGGCGAUAUUCAGUCAAGAACCAACAAAAGUAUUUCUUAGCUGAACAUAGCCCUCCCGGAACGCGUCAUCAACGCGCAGAAAGUUUGACAAAGUUUGCAGAAAUAUAGUUACACUUUGAUUCCACUGAUUUUAAACUGCUU